ACAAAAAAUACUAGAGAGAGAAAGUUUAGAGAGAGAAAGAGAUGAAUGAAGAAGAUAAAUGUGAGGUUUGGGGUUUGAGUUUAAGCUUAAAACCACCAAUAAUCACAAAUCUUGAUCAUAAGCCUAUUUGCAAGAGAGAAUCCCAAUUUUCCAUAGAUGAAACAAGCCCACAAAUGAACACACUGAAUAAUACAUUGGCUAUAAUACCAAGGAUUAAUAAAGGGUUGAUUUCAAAACAACCAAUAGAUAUAAUAGAUUUGGAGGAAGAAGAAAAAACAAGCAAAGUAGGCUCUCCAAAGAGCACCUUAUCAUGUGUCACCGGAAAAAGGUUUGGAGGAGACAGAGAGGUGAUCAGCGACGAAGAAGAAGGUGGCAACCGAGGCGGCAGCGAAAGCUCUGGUGGUGAAAGGAAGAAGCUUAGGCUGUGCAAGGAACAAAUCUUGGUUUUAGAACAGGCUUUCAGUGAACAUACCACCCUUAAUACAAAGCAAAAGGUGGCAUUGGCCACAGAAGUGAAUCUUAGACCAAGGCAAGUGGAAGUUUGGUUUCAAAAUAGAAGAGCAAGGACAAAGUUUAAGCAAACAGAGUCUGAUUGUGAGCAACUAAAGAAGUACUGUGAGACUUUAACUGAAGAGAAUAAGAGGCUACAAAAUGAGGUGCAAGAGCUAAGGGCUUUGAAGUUCUCUCCUGAACAUUCUAUGAUGGAAGCAAACCACCCUCCUACAACCCUCACAAUGUGCCCUUCAUGCAAAAAUGUGUCAUUCUCGUCUUCGUCCGCCACAACCAAAACUCCGGCUGGUGAAACAGGACGCUCUCUGUUGGGUGUCUUCCACCAGCGUACACCGCUUACCAUACAGUAGCUCUCCUUCACAAUUAACAACAAUCAAGUGAUUGAAUCCUCUAAGCCUUGAUCAUAGUAUGAAGUAAUUCAUAGCUUUAGUUUGGUUUAGAAGUUCAAAUGUAGCAGCUGGCUAUACUAUAUACAUUUACUCAAGGUCAAAGUUGACUUAGGUGUUGAAACUUAUGAGAUUUUAAUGUUAUAAAAGCAUGAUAAAUUCGGACAUUUGAGUUAGUUGGUAGGUAGUUAGUUUGAAAGAGAACAACUUUCCUAGUUCAGGUUUUAAUGACAUAAUGAUGUAUACAAUGAUAUGGAAGUAUAUUAUAAAUUGUCUGAU